GACGAUAGCAUCGGAUUCUGGAGGGCAUUUGUUGCAAUCGACGCAUGCGCCCGUUCCGUUGCUGCGACGAAAGCCUGGGGCCGCUCGUUGACGUCGCGUCCCGCCUUCAGCUGCGCCAAGCCGUGCUCGUCGCCGACAGCAGCAGCGCCGAGGCGCUGCAGUGGGCGGGCGGCUUGCCGUUCGUCCUCCAGAACCUCCAAAUCGCCUCUGUUGUGGCGCUCGAAGACGUCAAGCGGUCGCCAGCCGCUACCUUGAACCCGUUCCAGCUCGUGCGCCCGCCAAGCGUCGCUGUGUUAACGUGCUCGGCCUUGGGCGACGUUGAGGCGACGCUGCGCGCGAUGCUGCCGCACGUGACGCAGCUCGUCGUCCUGUCGACAAUCCCCGAGACGGCCCAUGGCCCGGCCUUCUCGUUUGAGGCCUUCCGCGCAUCGCUCCUGCCUGCACCCGCCAAGGUCUAUGUCGAGUACGUUCCUCUCAUGUACGCACCGCUCAGCGAAAAAGAUGGCGCCGACCCGAGCGUAUUUGUGCUCACGCACCCCACGUGCGCGGCGGCGUUCCCGCUCAUGCGCACGCAGUUGCCGGCGACACCCGCGACGCACGUCAACGAGAUUGCCCCGGCCGACAUCCCUGAAGCGAGUCGCAGAGCUUUCAAGCUCCUCGCGCAGGUCCUCGCCGGUAUCCUCCAGCAAUGGCGCUUCCAGGUCAAGGACCAUAUUUUCGCUCUGGGUGGAACGUCGCUCAAGGUUGGUCACACUCUGUUGCAUACGCUGCACUUGAUGCAAGGCGAGUGCACACCAGGAGACCUCAAGCUGCUGCAGCCGGCCAACUUGAUUCUGAUCGACCGCACACUGGACCUUGCAACGCCGUCGUCGCAUCAAUUUUCUCUUCUCGAUCGCAUUCUGCAACAGCUGCCCAAGGCGUCUACGCCGCCCGCCGCGGAGCACAUCACGCAGGUCGCGCCACUGGAUGCAGCGGCCGAGCACGCCAAGAACCGUCUGUCGGUACCCGCAUCGUGGAGUGGCGGCGUCAGUGUUUGCCACGGCCAAGACCCCGUAGCAGCGGCCACCGUGCGCAACCUUUUGAGCCACGGACCCGUGAACGCGCUUCGAGAACUCUCGACGAGCCUGCGCGCUGUCGCUAUGGACCUUAUCAAGUCCAAGGCGACACCGACGCCCGAGAAAACGCCCAAGGACCAGCCUCUCCGCGGCCGCGACGUCGUCCAGCGAUGGCUUGCGUGCAUCGAUGGCGCGUACGACCCCAAGGUGACGUGGCAGCACAAGAAGCUGCUGCAGCUAGGCCUCGCGGUGCUCGAGACAAUGGGCCGAAUGGAAACCACGCAAGCUCUGUGGUCGCACGUGGCCAACAUUGAGAAGCGGUACGCGCAGAGCCGCUUCCAGGGUGCGGCCGAGUGGAUCCUUCCCGAGGUUGCCGACCUCGUCAACCGGCAAGGUAUGGUGCCCGACGAGCCGCUGCUAUCGCUCGAUGCGGUUUUGCAGCUCUUUGUCUACGCCUUUGCGAUCGCUGGCAACCACGAAAUGGAAGACUACACGCGUGGCAUGGUGCGGCAAGCGCUUCAGAAAGCGAUCCUGGCCCACGACGGGUCCAGUGACCUCUUGCCGCAAGACUUAUGCCAACUCUUGAUGACGUGCGGCAGCGUCAGCAGUAAGAACCAAGAACCACUUCCCACCGAGGCGACCGAAGAAGACGACGAGUGGGGCUGGGACGACGACGCGGCCAAGGCCCCACCGUCACUACCAACCACAGCAUCGCACGCCCCCGCGACGGUGGCCGCAGUCGAAGCGUACGUGGCGCAUCUCUUGCCCGUGCUCGAGGAGUGUGGACAACUGUACCAUGAAGUGGCUCCGGCGCUUGCCAGUGAUUUUGCCCUGGGGCUGCUGCCGCAAGUGGUGUCGCAGCUCGUGGACCCAUCGUGCCCGACGAUCAAGGACCUCCAGCACGUGACAGACGCCUCGGAGCAACUCGCACGCGCCGGCAUUGACCUGCUCAAGUCGGGUCUCAGUGUGUUUGGCUUGAGUGGCCAAGGUAUCAAAGGCGCGCCGGUGGUUGUACCCCACCUCUCGACACCGGGCGCGGUCUGCGUCGUCUUUGUCAUCGGCGGCAUCUCGGCCCACGAAGUGCAGGCAAUCGCAGACGUGAUGAAGGGCCGGACGGACGUGCAGCUCAUUUUGGGCAGCACGACGCUAUCUACGCCGACGACGUUGUUGCGUCACCUCGUCGCGUAGGCGCGUUCGUCGUACAUGCACCGGAAACAGCGUCGAGUUUGUGCUCGCAGAUCUAGAGAUCAACAAUCCUCUGUCGCUUCCAUUCUCAAGAUGCGAUUAACUCUAUCAUCUACUUGCUGCCGUGCAUCCAGCGAUAGAUGACUUCGGCCAUGGCGUUGGAGCCGCGGGCGUCCGUC